AUUUACCAAAGCCGACUGUACCUGUCGCUUCGCUGUUGUUUGUGUUUCGUUUGCACCUGUUUUGUGGCGUUCAAACAAAGCGUUCCCUGCGUGUGCGUUCCUAAACAACUUGCACAACUUUCAUGUUAUUGCCGAUGGUACAAACAAGUGUUCAUUGCACAAACAAUUAAACGAUUAUUGUAUGUAGCAGCAACGGUAAGCUUCUCUAUUCACGUUCAACCGGUGUCCAAUCGCAACUGAGCCGAGGGUGGUGAAUCGUUCUGGCGCAGCUCGCUACCAUAGCAACCAAUGUCCAUGGUUUGUGAUAAACAGAAAAUUUUCCUUAUGAUACGCAACCAUUCAAACCAGCGAUUGAAGUGUUUUCGUUCAAAAUGAUUGUAAUGCUGUAGUAGCAAACGGUAAUCCAUAGUGCUUCAAUAGCGAAAAGCAGGAGAGAGCAACGGCACGGUGAACGGAAUGAGCAACGAAAAGGUUCUUUACCGCCAUGAAGAACCACACGGUCAGGGCGAUGUAUAUUUCCUAUGGCAGACAGGUGCUUCCGCCCAACUGUUGGCCAGCACCGGGAGUGAUGGCACGGUGGCCAUUUUCAACCGGCAAGGGCAACUGCAAGAACGGAUUGUACUGCAAGGGCUGUGCGCCGGGUUCGCUUGGGAUCGGUACGGAGACGUGCUUGCAAUAAUAACGGCCAGCUCGCAUCAGCUCAUCAUCUGGGAUUCAAACUCGCAGAAGAAACAAACCGUCGACAUCGGGCUGCGCGAUCUGCCGAGUUGCAUCAUUUGGUCCAAGAAAAUAGCGAUCCUUGCGGUGGGAACGUCCCGCGGCAACCUUUCCAUCUACAACCACAUCUCCACCAAACGGAUACCGAUUCUGGGCAAGCACACGAAACGCAUCACGUGUGGUGCGUGGUCGACGGAAAACAUUCUCGCCCUCGGGAGUGAAGAUAAGUAUCUGACGCUGAGCAACGAGGAGGGCGACACGCUGCGGUCGAUCCAGCUGCGCGAUUGUCCGAGCGAUAUGUACUUUGCCGAGAUGAAGACGGAUGAACGCGUGCCGGGCGAAAACACGAUCAGCAUGAUACUGGGCAAGCGUACGCUUUUCCUCUACCAUCUUCCCGAACCAGAUUCGCCUACCGAGUUGGGCUUUCAGCAGCGGUACGGAUCGUUACUGCAGCACAAAUGGUUCGCCGAUGGGUAUAUUCUGCUCGGGUUUAGCUUGGGCCAUGUCGUGGCAAUUUCGACGCAUCCGCGCGAGGUAGGACAAGAGCUGUGGCAGGUGAAGAAUCAUCGCGACUCGCUCAACAGUAUAGCAGUGUGCAAGGAACUGGAGCUGAUCGCUUCCUGUGGAGAUAACAAUGUAAAGGUCCACUCGAUGACUAAUCUGCAGGAGACCGUCAAAAUUCUCAGCUUACCCGACCAAGCGGCACUGAAGCACGUGGAGUGGAGUGCCGACGGCCAGCUGCUUGGUGUAACAACGUCUCAGGGUGCGAUCUGUGUGUUUGUAACGAAACUGCACUCGCUGUACGCCGUCGCCCCACCGAGGAUAGCCCUGCUGUCGAGCUUGGCAGAGAUCGCUAUCUACCAUUAUGCACACGAUCGCCAGAAGUCACCGCCUGUGCUGAUCACGCUUGAAAUUGAACCAUCGUUUUUAACGAUCGGCCCGUACCACAUGGCAUGCGGUAUGAAUAAUCACGUCUGGUUUUACGAUCUCGGCCGUUCGUUGAGCGAUACGCCGCUGCUGCUGGGCGAUCGCGAGUACAUGUCGGAGAUCAAGCAGGUCGCCCUUAGCUCGGAGUAUUGUGCUGUGCUUUGCGGAGGCCAAAUAAUGCUGCAUACGAUCGAAUCGUCCAACGAGGCGACACAGAAUCGAGAACCAAAAAUAUUUCCUGACGAGAUACGGGGUAUCGCGGAGUCGGUCAUAACGUGCCUUGGGUUGACGAAUGAUUUCCUGUGCUUUGCAACAGACCUUGGUAAUAUAGUUUAUUUUUCCCUCGAAAACUGGUCCACGGUACUACAGUUUCGACAUCAGGUCGGCAUACGUGCGAUCUAUCCGGACGUGGACGGUACGCGGUUGGUGUUUAUCGAUGACCACAGUCAGGGCUAUCUGUUUAUUGCCGCCUGUGACGAAACGAUACGGAUACCGGACUUCCCCAAACACUGCACCGGCGUUCUGUGGGACCUUUCACAGCCUCACAUUUUCGUAGCAAACGAUCGAAAUACCUGCACCACGUACGCCUUCGUGCGCGUUUCGGUGAAGGGUAAAAUGGUGGAAAAAGUCGGCACAACAGGCCUGAUAAGUGAGCAGACACCGCUGCUGCUUUACGAUGGCGAUCUGUGCCUGCACGCAGCCGGCGGAAAGCUAACAUCGAUCGUGCUGGACACACACGCCAACAAACCAGGGCGCGAUGUAAAGGAGCAGCUGCGUACGACGAAGCUGAUGCGCAAGUACGGAGAUGCGUGGGAACUGUGCAAGCUGAUGAACGACGAGGACGAAUGGCGAGAGCUCGGAAUGGCUGCCAUUGCCGAUUUGAAUGUGGCUUUCGCAACGAAAGUGUUCCGCAACAUUGGAGACGUUGCAAUGGUUUAUGCGCUGGAGGAAGUGAGCCAAAUCGAGGAUCUCAACACACUGGCCGGGUUUUGUGCCGUGCUGGGGAACGAAAUUGAAGAAGCUAAAGCGCUGUUCGCCAAAAGCAGCAAUCCAUCCGAAGCGCUCGAGCUGUGCCGCGAUCUACUGCAAUGGGAGCAGGCGAUGGCGCUGGCCAGUACGCUAGCACCGGAGCAACUGCCUUUUCUAGCGCGCGAGUAUGGCGCUCAGCUGGAAUUUACAGGAAACCAUGCCGAAGCACUGAUGAACUUUGAACGAGGUCUUAAGCACACGGAAUCGGAAUCCAAACAGCAGCAGCAACAGCACGAGCAACACGUUAAGCAGUGCAAGGCCGGAAUUGCCCGUACAAGCAUAAAGUGUGGUGAUGUCCGGCGCGGACUUCAGCUAGCGCUGGAGCUAAAUGACAAGCAGCUGUACAAUGAAUGUGGUGAAGCAAUGCUUGCCGCGGGCCAUUUGGCUGAGGCAGCUGCAAUGCUGGAAAAGGGAGAAAGCUGGGACAAGGCGGCAGAAAUAUUUAUCAAUCUAAAGCAGUGGAAAAAGGUGGACAACAUCUUGCCGAACGUCGUCAGCCUUAAGCUGCACGCUGCUUACGGUCGGGCGAAAGAAGCCGAAGGCCACUACGCCGAUGCUAUCAACAGCUACCAGCUGGCCGGAGAUUUGGACGGUGUUGUGCGAAUAUAUCUGCAGCACCUAGACGACCCACAUUCGGCGUCGGAGAUUCUGCUGGAAACGCGUUCCGUGGAGGGAUCGAAGCUGCUGUCGAAGUACUUUGAGCAGCACGGUGAUUAUGAGUCGGCGAUACAGUUUCUCAUACUGUGCGGCUGUGUAGCGGAAGCGUUCGCUAUUGCCCAGAAGCAGAACAAAAUCGUGUACUACGGUGAGGUGCUGGAACAGAGCGCAGCUGCGAAACCGGCCGACUUUCUGCAGCUGGGCGGCUAUUUCGAUGGCGAAAAGUACACGCUGCUAGCCGGCAAGUACUACUUUUUGGGCAAAGAGUACUCCAAAGCGCUGAAGCUGCUGCUCAAGGCGGCCUCCGUAGGCAGUGAGGAAAAUACGGCCCUGUCCCUAGCGAUCGAUUGCGUAGCGUCGGCUGGAGAUGAACAAUUGUCCAACGUGCUGAUCGAGUACCUGUUGGGCGAGUCGGACGGUGUGCCGAAGGAUCCGAAGCUACUGUUCCGGCUGUACAUGGCCAAGCGGCAGUUUAAGGAAGCGGCCAAAGCGGCCAUGAUCAUAGCCAACCAGGAACAGAUUGCAGGCAACUAUCGCAGCGCACACGACUUGCUGUUUUCCAUGUACCAGGAAUUGAAACGCAAUCAGCUGGCGAUUGCGACCGACAUGAAAGUAACGCUCGCCCUGCUCCAUCGCUACACGCUCGUUCGGGUGCACGUAAAGCGAGGAAACCAUUUGCUGGCGGCGAAACUGUUGCUUCAGGUGGCGAAAAACAUUUCCCAAUUUCCUUCACACGUUGUCCCGAUCCUUACUUCAACCGUCAUCGAAUGCCAUCGGACCGGUCUUCGAAAGUCUGCGUUCGAGUACGCGGUUAUGCUGAUGCGUUCUGAACAUCGGAGCCAGAUCGACGCCAAGUACAUCAAGAAGAUCGAAUCGAUCGUAAGGAAAGCUCCACGGGGACCGAUGGAAGAUGAAGGUGAACAGCAGGAAUCGAGUCCGUGCCCGGUUUGUGAAGCACCGCUGCCCAACAUGCACAUAGUGUGCGGGCAGUGUAAAACCACGUUACCAAUAUGUGUGGCUACGGGACAGCACAUAGUUCGCGAUGACGUAGCUGCAUGUCCCGAGUGUGAUUUCCCCGCCAUGAAGGUGGAAUUUAUCAAAAUUUUGGAAACAACCAACAAUCAAUGUGCAAUGUGUGGCGAGGAAAUCGACGCUGGGCGACUGGUCGAUAUCGAUGACAUACAACCGUAUAUCAACGCCGGCACUUAAUGGAUUGGUCUAAUUGCAGGCGCAGUUAGGAAAAGUGUCUUUACUCGGUGAACUCGUGUACCUUGUAUUCUUGUUUUUUAGCAUUUGACGUAACUUAACCUAAGAAAAUUUCAGAGCUAAGGAGGCUAUCAACACCCCUUAAGAAGUUCCAGUACCUACCAUAACCAGUACGAGUGAAAAGUGACCGGGUGGUGUUGUUUGAUAGUGAAUAUAAUGUGCUAAAUCGACCGACUCGACCUCCAGAAAGUGAUCUGAAGCGCGUAUUCAACUGCGUAGCAUAGUUUUGGAUAGCAUAGUUUGCAGAAAGAAAGAAGAAAAAACGCAUAAUCUCUUUGGUUAUUAUGGC